UCGUCGGUUACCGGUACUUGGAGCUGCCGGUCGGUCGGUCGGUUGGUCGGUCAGGGUCGCUCUGUCCCGUUACUCUCGGUUCAUUGCGGUGGUUUAACGGCAGACUGGAACUCACUCAUGGACGACAUGUGAUGCGGAACCGGGAGACGAACCGGAGACGAACCGGGAGCGAGGGGGGGGUUUCCCGCCUGGAGGGAUGGAGGAGGCGGAGCUUAGCCACUACGUCACCCAGCUGAAGGUGGAGUUUGACAGCUGUGAUUCGACGGCCUCCGGCUUCCUGGACGGAGACCAGCUGACGGAGCUCUGCAGGAAGCUGCAGCUGGAGGCUCAGAGACCAGAGGUGCUGGACGCGCUGCUGGGAGGACGCCACAGCGCCCGGGUGGACUUUGAGCAGUUUAAGACGGUCUUGGUGUCCGUCCUGUCUCGCUCUGUGGACUGCAGCACGUCAGAGGAGGACAGCAGCUACCUGGAGCCAGUUGUUCGAGAAGAGGUGAAGCCAAAGUUCGUGAAGGGAGGGAAGCGCUACGGCCGCCGCUCGCAGCCCGACGCCGCGCCGGCUGGCGUCACGGAUCGCCCGCCGCCCAGAACCACGGCCGCCGACUCGUCGCCGGGCGGCGUCCGCAGGGCCAAAGUGAGGCGCGCCACGUCCCUGGAGAGCAUUCAGAGCCUGAAGUCUGAAGACGAGACAGGAAGUCAGAAGGAGAGAAUCCAGCCAGACUUUCAGAGUAAAGGUCCUCAGCAGCAGGAGGAGUUGGAGCUUGUUGGGAGACAUGGAGCAGGAGGUCUGCAGCAGCUCAACACCGAGGAUCUGGACGCAAUCUGGGUCCAAUGUGUCAGGUCCAAUGUAUCAGGUCCAAUGUAUCAGGUCCAAUGUGUCAGGUCCAAUGUGUCAGGUCCAAUGUGUCAGGUCCAAUGUGUCAGGUCCAAUGUAUCAGGUCCAAUGUGUCAGGUCCAAUGUAUCAGGUCCAAUGUGUCAGGUCCAAUGUAUCAGGUCCAAUGUGUCAGGUCCAAUGUGUCAGGUCCAAUGUAUCAGGUCCAAUGUGUCAGGUCCAAUUCCAGAGGUGUGUGUGGGGGCUCUUCAGGGAGCUCUUCUCUCAGACAGGUAGGACUCAUGCACUGCUCAUCAGGCCCCAUCUCAGGCCGCACUGUGCUUACCUGGGUGAGGAUGGACAGGACCUCCAGCUGCACUCAGCGUCAGGCCGCCCUAGAGGAGCGCUCGGUUCGCUCCACCUCGCCCUCCCUGCUGGCCGCCACCGUGGGUCAGAGGGUCCUGGGCCGCCUGGACGAAGGCUCUGGAUGCACCAGCCCCGAGCGGGUCGUCGCCCUCUGGACCGAGGAGGGCAUCCGGAACGGUCGGGACAUUCUGCAGACUCUGGACUUCCCUCUGGAGGAGCGGCUCAGUCUGGCGGACCUGACUCUGGCUCUGGACAACGAGCUGCUGGUCAGUGGAAACGGAAUCCACCAGGCGGCCCUCAUCUCCUACAAGAACGAGGUGCAGCACCUGCAGGUGCAGGUGGAGCAGGCCUGCAGAGAGCGGGACAAGAUGAAGUGCGACCUGGAUGUGUCUCAUCAGAGGAACCUUCAGCUGGUCAGGGAGGUGGACGAACACCACAGCAGCCUGGAGACCCUCAACCAGAGCAGGAUCAGGGACCUGGAGCAGGACUUCCGUGAUAGGCUGACGGCUGUGCGCGUCCAGGCGGAGCAGGAGAGCGAGGCUCUUCUGCAGCAGGCGGAGAGAGAGCGCCGCUCCCUGCACGACGAGCUGCGGCUGCUCCGAGUCCAGGAGGCGGAGCUACGGGAGGAGCUGUGCAGCGCCGCACAGGAGAGCGGUCGGCUGGAGGAGGACCUGAGUGCAGUGACUCUGAAGCUGACUGAAGCACAAAGCUCGGUGAAGCGUCUGCAGAGAGACCUGGACCAGCUGCUGCUCGACAAGCUUGGAGGUCUGGACCCAGCUGGUCUGAGUCACGAGGAGCGAUUCUCUCAAAUGGUCAGAGACUACGAAGUGCAGUGCCGGGAGCUGCAGGACAGAAACGAUGAGCUGAGCUCAGAAUUGGAGCUGCUGAAGAGUCAGAGGAGCGACAGGAAGUCCAGACGUUCUGCUGGAGACGACGGAGCGCUGAGCUGGACCCAACAACGAGUCAGCACCGGAACCAACUGUGAUGAAGUGAAGAGCAGCUCGACUCCUCCGGUGAGGAAGAAACUGCAGCCGACAGAUAAAACAGCUCUGUGCUCCCUGCACAGCGUCUCUGGGCCGAGCCUCAGCAUCCAGACGGAGCUGGCUGUGGAGCAGCUGAAGACCAAACAGCAGCAGGAGCUGCAGGAGCUGCACGUCCAGCUGGAGACACAGGUGAACUACUAUGAGCGCAGCCUGGAGGUGAUGAGGCAGAGCAUGGAGGUGGAGCGUAAAGACAUCGCUCAGGCCUUCAAGAUGGAGAUCAGCGAGCUGGAGGAGCAGAAGUCUGAGGCGGAGCAACAGGUGAAGCAGCUGAAGGAGACUGUGGACCGACUGCACACUCGGGGUGGAGCAGGAGGGUGGAGCCACGGGGAGGAGCGUCGAAUGCAACGGGAGCGGGCGGAGCUGGAGCAGAACUUUGCCAGAGAGAUCGGCAACCUGGUCCAGAGCCUGAGCUCUGAGAAGGACCAGAUGGAGGCGGAGCUGAAGCUGGAGAAGGACCAGGAAGUGAUGGUGGUCAGCGGCCAAUCAGAGCUGCGGCCGUCUCACAUGAAGCUGCAGCGCGCCGAGGGUCGGCGCCGCCUCCUGCACCGGGCGCGCCGCCGGCUCCGGGGCCAGAGAGGAUUGUGGGAGAAGCGGUGGUGUGAGCAGAGAGACGCGGAGGAGCAGGUCAGCCAAUCAGAGGCCGGCGUGGAGGAGCUCAGAGGGCGGCUGGAGGAGGAGCUUAAAGCUUGCAGCAGGCGCUGUUCUGACCUGGAAUCCCGUCUGGAGGAGAGCAUCUCCUUCCUGGAGGCUCUUGAGCUCACAAGUCAGCGUCUGGCCUCCGAGAAGAGCUCUGUGCAGGAGGAGCUGCAGCAGGUGAGGAGCAGGGAGGAGCGGCUUCUGCGUCAGGUGACUCUGCUGAAGGAGGAGCUGGGAAACCUCCAGACGGCGUCCAAUGGAGUCCUGCAGCACAGGGAGCGUCUCUCCAAAGAGUUCCUCCAGCAGCAGAAGCAGCUCCGAGCCAGAGAGCAAAGGGUGGAGGUCCUGGAGACGGAGCUGGAGAGUCUGGAGGAGGACUCCAGGUUCCAGGCUCAAGGUCUGUCCAAAGCCACUGCUGGGCUAGACUCACUUAAGACGGACCGGGCCAGGCUGAUCCAGGACCUGAAGGACCAGGCCAUGGCUGUGGACAACCUGCAGCUUCAGCUGGACGGCGUCUUGGAGGACUUGGACAGGAGGAGAAGUGCUGAGGAGGCUCUCCAGGAGGCCCUGAAGCAGGAGCAGACCCUGACCCUGCUGCUCCGGUCCGCUCUGGAUGGCGACAAGGAGGAGGUCCAUUGUCUUGGCCAGGAGAACGGGAGCUACGCCCGGCUGGUGGACCAGCUGUCCAACCAGAUCGUAGAGAUGGAGGAGGAGCUCUCCACACUCAGAGACCAUCUCAGAGAGCUCAGCGCCCAUCUCAACGACACGGCCGACCUGGUCCUGGACCUCCGGAGGCAGCUCAACUCCAAAACCAGCGAGAUGGAUCUGGUCCGGGUCGAGGUCGCCGACGCCGCAGAUCUCUCACGCCGAGCCAAUGAGCAGCACCGGAAAGACCUGGAUGUGGGCAGACAGCAGGUCCUCCAGCUGCAGAAGAACCUGCUGGAGUCCCAGAACCAGCUGAGGACUGCGGAGCAGGACUUUGCGCGGGAGAAGAAGACCAUGAUGCAGCAGCUGAUGGAGCUGGAGAAGCUGGCCCUGGACCUGGAGGAGGUGAUGGACCUGGCCGGUCCACACAGGUCCCAGCUGGAGGAGGUGCGGGCGGAGAACGGCGCCCUGGAGCGGCGGCUCGGCGUCCUGCAGCAGGAGGUCAGCGAGCUGGAGGACGCCGUCGCCAAGAGGACGAGGAAACUGGACGAGAUGGAAAGGGAACACGUGAGGAGCAGAGAAGAAGAGGAGAGGCUGCACAAAGAGAACUCCAGGUACCGAGAGGAGCUGCUGGACCUGAGCGCCAGGAACCUGCAGCUCAGCGCCGACAACGGCGAGCUGAGCGCCCGUCUCCGUGGCGACCAGGAGUUGCUCCAGAUGCUGCGGGAGCGCCUGGCGACGGUCUCCAAGGAACAGGGGGAGGAGGUUGCCAUGGAGGCCGUCAGGACGCAGGAGAGACCACCAGGCUGCUCCCAAGACCAGCUGACCCGUCUGUCGGCGCUGGAGGCGGAGCUUAGCGCCGUGACCCUGGAGCUGCAGCGGUUGGAGGAGGACAAAGACAAACUGCUGAGAGAAGCUGACGAGCGGAACAACAAGGUGGAGGCGCUGCAGCGGGCGCUGUUCUCGGCGGAGGCAGAGGGUGAGCGGCUUCGCUCUCAUUUCCACGCCGUCGGUCAGGAGAAGCUGGACCAGCAGCAGAGGAAGGUGGAGGAGCUGGAGAGCAGCGUCGGGAAGCUGAUGAGGGUGGAGGAGGAGCUCCGUCAGGGUCUGCAGGAGCAGCAGGAGGAGAUCGACAAACUGCGAGUCCAGAACCAGGAGCUCCAGCACGAGCUGGCAGCUCUGCAGCACCGGAGUCAAGAGGUCCAGAACCAGGAGCAGCAGAACCUGAAGACCGAGCUGAUGGAGGCUCAGGACCAGGCGCGGCGGGCUGAUGCUGCGCUGCAGAAGGACCAGGUGCAGCACCUGAGGAGGCUGCAGGAGAUGCAGCAGCAGGCCGCAGAUGGACUCAGGGUGCAGGAGGAGCGGCUGCAGGCCCGACUGGAGGAGGAGCAGGGGAGGAGUCGGCAGCUGGAGGAGACCCUGAGGCUUCGGGCCCAGCAGAGCAGCUCUCACAUCAGCAUGAAGCAGGACCAGUACGAAAAGGCGGUGCAGGUCCUGCGGAGGAGGACCGAGGAGCUGGAGACCACCCUGAAGGCGGUCCGGCUGGUCCUGCAGGAGAAGGUCCAGCAGCUGAAGGAGCAGCUGGCGAAGAACAGGAAGUCUGGCGCGCUGCUGAAGGAUCUGCACGCAGAGAACUGCGAGCUGAUGAAGGCCCUGCAGGUCACGGAGCAGCGGCAGAAACACGCAGAGAAGAAGAACUUCCUGCUGGAGGACCGGGUCCACGCUCUGAACAGCCUGCUGAGGGAGGUCGUCGCCGCCGUCUGAGAGGAAGGCCGUGCAGCUCCUCCUCCUCCUCCUCCUCGAGGGUCCCACAUGGAGGUCUAUUGAUGGAUGAAGUCACUGUGGUCUUCAACACGACAUCAGAGGAAAUCAAUCGCGAUAAGAUCAAUAACUCUAAAGUUUUUAUAUUUCAAAUGGCUCAAUAAACGCCAGGGUGAACAUUUUAAAGUUUAAUUAUAAAGGAACAAUCUGUCACAUUAUGUCCUGACGUUAUUGAAGCCUUCUUUGUUUGAGCAACCUUCAAGUUAAAAGCAAUGUUUACAAGAUGUAAAGUCUCACAUGUAGAUGAAUGAGGUGUUUGUGGGCGUGGCCUUUUCCCCAUGAGUCACACCUGUGUUCAUCAUGCAGGUGGAUGUUUGAAUUCUUCUCCCAAAGGAAGCAUUGAACCCGUCAGACCAAUGAGAUGAAUGUACACAGCGCAUUCUGUGUAACCAUGCAGUACCUGAACGCACCAGUUACAUUCAACACGUCACAUGUCCAGUUGUUCAGAGAUUAUUUUAUUAAAUACUUUUAUAAUCCAACAUGUCUUCAUCUUUGAACACAACAGAAGGACUCAC